AUGGCGUUGCGGGACGACCACGAUUUCCUGAGCGAGAAUGAACGUCAGUUCCUGGCCAAUUGUCUGCGUCAAUCGCCACAUGUGCGAGCUGAUGGUCGUGAACUUUUACAGCAACGCAAGAUCCGUGUACAGUUUCGCCGGAGUGAGAGCGAGAGCCAAGCCGAAGUGCAAUUGGGUCGUACACGUGUGAUCGGUAAUGUACAUGGAGAGAUUGUGCCACCCUUUCCGGAUCGCCCGACCGAAGGCUUUCUUCACUUUUCUGUGGAACUAUCACCAAUGGCAUCGCCUAGUUUUGAAGCAUCGUCAUCUGCUAGUCGUGGUGCUGCCUCUUCGGUCGUAGCUGCGGAACUGGCUCGACUUGUCGAGCGUGGUGUUCGUGAAAGUCGUGCACUCGAUACGGAAGCGCUUGCUGUGGUUGCUGGUGAGAAGGUUUGGGCCAUCACAUGCCACGUGCACGUAGUCGAUCACGGCGGUAACCUUGUAGAUGCUGCUUCAUUGGCUGCAAUUGCGGCUCUCAUGCACUAUCGGCGACCAGAGGUUGCAGUGAAGGAGGGCACGGGUGGCAUUGGAGGCGUCACCGUCUACAGCGUGGACGAAUACGCUGCAGUCCCCUUGAGUCUUCAUCACAUCCCCAUUUCUAUCUCGUUCUGCUUCCUGCAGCCAGCUGCUAAAAUCUAUGGGUCGAAUCGGAACGAUGCCGAUGUCGAUGCAUAUGAAGAUGGCGACCCUGUGAUCUUCAUGGACCCGACGGAUCGUGAAGAGCGUAUCACGGACGCGCGUAUGAGCUUUACUUUUAACUCCUUCCGUGAGCUUUGCACGGUGCACAAAAUUGGUGGUGCCGCUAUUUCUCCGACUUGUGUACUAAGGUGCGCGAAUGUGGCAGCGGCACGUGUUGUUGAGUUGACGACGUUUCUCAAGGAGGAGGAAGAGAAAGCAGACAAAGAGGCGGUGCAGCGCCGCCGCGCAUUGCUUCGAGGUCGCGCGUUCACCGACGUAUCUUCGACGCUGGACGAAGCUAGCACUAUGAAAAUGGCCGAAAAGGUUGAUUUGGGCGCUAUGACUGACUUCUCGACGCUGCAUGCUCCGAUUGCACUACGUGACGGCUUGUCAAAGGAGGAAACUGCUCAGCAGGUGACGUCCAUGGCAGAAUUGCUGGAGUCACUUGACACUGCUGCCAACCUCGCCGAGGAGGAGCCGAAGGCGGGACUUGCAAUGACUGACGCAGCUCGCGAUGAGUUUUGGCAAUUGGCGAGCAGCGAGACGGUGCGCAAUCUGAUUAAUGGUAACAAGAAGGAGCAGGCAAAGCUUGUUCAACCUGCAAAAAAACAAGUUUUGGCGGAUAGUGAUAGCGACAGUGAAGAAGAGGGAGGUGUACUUCAGAGCGAGUUUGGUACGGCAUCAAAUCCGGAGGAACCUGUUCAGGCGAAGCCGAGCGCUAAACCUAUGAAAAAGAUAUCUAACAGGAAAGGAAGAAAAAAGAAGGUGGUGCAGAGCUCAGACGAGGAUGAAGAUGAGGACAUGGAUCUGAGCGCUGCCGUCAAGCACAAGUAA